UUUCUGCUGUCAGCCACAUUUCUCUCCAUUGUGUUUUAUGCCGCUCACAUGGUGGAUUUUCCUUCCGUUUCUGAUUCCCAGCUUUCCAGAGAGCACAAGGAACGGAUAUGGACACGAAUCACAGUUCUCUCCUCUCCACUGCUGAUUGCGAAUCAACAAGAUUUUCUUAACAGUCCACCAUCACUUAAAAGAGGAGUGUAAAAGGGAAAGCUGCCGUAUAGUCCGGGGAAGAAAAUGAUAUAAUGGCAGCAAACCUUACCUAUAAACUUUGGUCAGGAAGAAAAUCAGUUCCAGUUUUGGUCGGAUUCGGUGUGAAAUAAACCAUGAGGUCUUCCGCCUCCAGAAUAUCAACGUUCUCCUCCAGGGAUUCAUUAUGGAACCGAAUGCCCGAUCAAAUCUCGGUGUCGGAGUUUAUAGCCGAGACGACGGAGGAUUACAACUCGCCAACCACGUCCAGCUUCACCACCAAACUGCUUAACUGCAGAAACACAGCGUCCUUGCUCGAAGAGACUUUAGAUUUGGAUAAAAAUGCACUACAAAAGGUAAAGAAAUCGGCAAAAUCAAUAAACACUUCAGGUCAAGAACAUGUGCAAAAUGAAGAAAACUAUGCACAAGCACUAGAUAAAUUUGGUAGUAAUUUUUUAAGUCGCGAUAAUCCUGAUCUUGGCACAGCUUUUGUUAAAUUUUCCACUCUCACAAAGGAGCUUUCAACAUUGCUGAAAAACUUGCUGCAGAAUCUUAGUCAUAAUGUCAUCUUCACUUUGGAUUCACUAUUGAAGGGAGAUCUGAAAGAUGUCAAGGGGGACCUGAAGAAACCUUUUGACAAAGCAUGGAAGGAUUAUGAAACAAAAUUUGCUAAAAUUGAAAAAGAGAAACGGGAACAUGCAAAGCAGCAUGGGAUGAUUCGAACUGAAAUUACAGGAGCUGAAAUAGCAGAAGAAAUGGAAAAGGAGCGACGGGUCUUUCAGCUCCAGAUGUGUGAGUAUCUCAUUAAAGUGAAUGAAAUCAAGACAAAAAAGGGUGUGGAUUUGCUCCAAAAUCUCAUCAAAUAUUACCAUGCACAAUGCAAUUUUUUUCAGGAUGGCUUAAAAACCGCAGAUAAGCUGAAACAGUACAUUGAGAAACUUGCUGCUGAUUUAUACAAUAUCAAGCAAACACAGGAUGAAGAAAAGAAGCAGCUGUGUACACUCCGUGAUAUGCUCAAAUCCUCACUGCAACUUGAACAGAAAGAAGAUUCCCAAAGUAGACAAUCUGGAUACAGUAUGCACCAGCUUCAAGGCAAUAAGGAAUAUGGCAGCGAGAAGAAGGGAUAUCUCAUGAAAAAAAGUGAUGGUCUUCGAAAAGUUUGGCAGAGAAGAAAGUGCACGGUCAAGAAUGGCUACUUGACAAUAUCCCAUGCAACUACCAACAGACAACCAGCAAGACUGAAUCUCCUCACUUGCCAGGUGAAACCCGCUGCUGAUGAGAAGAAAUGUUUUGACUUGAUAUCACACAACAGAACCUAUCACUUCCAAGCCGAUGAUGAACAGGAAUGUCUAGUAUGGAUAUCAGUAUUAACUAACAGUAAAGAGGAGGCAUUAAACAUGGCAUUCAGAGGAGAACAAAGCAGUGGAGAGAACAGUAUAGAGGACCUAACCAAAGCCAUCAUUGAAGAUGUGCAGCGGAUGCCUGGCAAUGAUGUCUGUUGUGAUUGUGGAGCUCCAGAUCCUACUUGGCUGUCAACCAAUUUAGGAAUUUUGACAUGUAUAGAAUGUUCUGGAAUACAUAGAGAAAUGGGAGUGCAUAUUUCUAGAAUACAGUCCCUAGAACUGGAUAAAUUAGGAACCUCUGAGCUCUUGCUGGCCAAGAAUGUAGGAAAUAUCAGUUUCAAUGAAAUUCUAGAAGCCAAUCUACCACAACCAUCACCAAAGCCAAUUCCACAUAGUGACAUGACUGCACGUAAAGAAUACAUACAUGCAAAAUAUGUAGAUCAUAAAUUUGCCAAAAGGUUGUGCACCUCUUCCUUAGCUAAAAUGAAUCAGUUAUUGGAUUCUGUGAAGUCCAGGGACUUACUUGCACUAAUUCAAGUCUAUGCAGAGGGAGUUGAACUAAUGGAGUCACUAUCAGAUCUUGGACAGCAGGAGCCUGGGGAAACAGUCCUUCACCUAGCUGUUCGAACUGCUGACCGAACCUCUCUCCACCUGGUUGACUUUCUUGUACAGAAUAGUGGCAAUCUGGACAAGCCUACAGCAAAAGGAAACACAGCUGUACAUUACUGCUGCGUGUUUGAUAAAGUGGAAUGUUUAAAAUUGCUUCUUCGGGGCAAACCAAGUUUAAAUCUAGUAAACCAGAGUGGAGAAACAGCCCUAGAUAUUGCGAGAAGAUUGCAGCGUCCACAGUGUGAAGAAUUGAUCAGUCAAGCUGCUUUAGGAAAAAUUAAUCCUCAUGUUCAUGUAGAAUAUGAGUGGCAAUUACGGCAAGAGGAAAUUGAUGAAAGUGAUGAUGACUUGGAUGUAAAGACAAGCCCUGUAAAAAAAGAGCGUUCUCCAAGGCCACAGAGCUGCUGCCACUCUUCUAGUCUCUCCCCACAAGAUAAGCUUAUGAUUCCGGGACUUGGCAUAGCACGGGAAAAACAGCGACUGUCUUAUGGGGCAUUUAGUAAUCAAGUAUAUGGAGGUGGAACGGAUUCUCCAACAUCACCAGCCACUGAUGCCCCUCCUCUUCCUCCUAGGAAUCCAAGCAAAGCUCCACAUGGCCCAGUCCCUCCUUCAGUUCUUCCUGUAGGUCCCCAGGUCACAACUGGCAGCUCCACUUUAUCAAAGAAGAGACCACCGCCCCCACCCCCUGGACACAAACGAACCUUAUCUGACCCACCAAGCCCGCUACCUCAUGGUCCCCAGAAUAAAGGUCUGAUUCCUUGGGGUACAGAUUCUGGUCCCCCACAGUCAAACCGAACAGGAAAUAAGUUUGAGGGGUUGUCUCAACAAUCAAGUACUGGAACUGGAACCACAAAAACUGCCUUAGGUCCACGAGUGCUUCCAAAACUACCUCAAAAAGUGUCCUUGAGAAAAAUCGAUAGUAUCCAUCACAGUUCAGUAGAUAAAUCAAAUCCAGACACUUUUCAGAAGCCACAUCCGGGAGACCUGACCCAGAAAUCACAUGUGGAAGAUCCCUCCCAGAAGCCGCAUCCAGGGGACCUGCCCCAGAAGCCGCAUCCGGGGGACCCGCCCCAGAAGCCGCAUCCGGGGGACCCGCCCCAGAAGCCGCAUCCAGGGGACCUGCCCCAGAAGCCGCAUCCAGGGGACCUGCCCCAGAAGCCGCAUCCAGGGGACCUGCCCCAGAAGCCGCAUCCAGGGGACCUGCCCCAGAAGCCGCAUCCAGGGGACCUGCCCCAGAAGCCGCAUUCAGGGGACCUGCCUCAGAAGCCACAUCCAGGGGACUUACCCCAGAAGCCGCAUCCGGGGGACCUGCCUCAAAAACCCAAAGAUCUGCCACCAAAACCACAGCCAGGAGAAAUCCCUCAAAAACCCCAUAUCGGAGAAGUCAUCCAAAAGUCCCAGCCUGUGGAGAUGUCCCAAAAGCCACAGGUUCAGGAGAUUUCUCCAAAGCCACAGACAAGGGACAUACUGCAGAAACAGCCAUCUGAAGAUGCAAAUGGUACAUCUCCCAGUUUACCCGAAACCCCUGUACCCCUACCACGGAAGAUAAAUACAGCAAAGAAUAAAAUCCGGAGGGUAAAAACCAUAUAUGACUGCCAAGCUGACAAUGACGAUGAACUUACCUUUAUUGAGGGAGAAGUGAUUGUCGUAACUGGUGAGGAGGACCAGGAGUGGUGGAUUGGCUAUAUUGAGGGGCAACCUGACAGAAGUGGUGUCUUUCCAGUAUCCUUCGUGCACAUUUUAUCCGAUUAACAGCCUACAAACUUCAGCGUUACACACACACAACUGUGGAUGCUUUCAUCUGAUGUUGUAAAGCAGCUGAAACUUGCUUAUUCCUGUGCAUAUUUGUACAUAGAUGAUCAAGAAAAUCAUUUGAGAUCCACCUUGCAAGGUGACUGUAAAUACUGUUACUUGCCUUUGCCAGUAUUAUAAUAGCCUUGGAACCAGGCACACCUUAUUUGGUGUACUGCAGCCAUCCAUGGCAACUAGCACUUACUAAUUAACCUAUGCUGUUGAUGGGAUACAUCUGCCUGCUUGUCAGAUUUAUAGGCAGCCUCAUUUAGUAAUUUAACUAUAUAAGCUUGACUUUUGUUCUUGACAUCAUCUCAGUAUUCUAAAUAAAGUUAAAAAUAGUGGUUUUGCUGAGAAUAGGUUCAGGUUUCAGUUUGCACUGAUCCUCGUUGUCCUUCUGCUUUUAACAUGGAUGCUGUGCAUACUCUUAAUAUACUCAUGGGAUUAUAUGUGGUUUUGAUUGUAAGUGAUCAGACAAAGUUACUUGAGAGUGAAUGACUGGGAAACUUGUUAUAGUUUCUUUUACCUCAUCUGAGGAGAUAUCGGAGUUACAGAUAAACAGUUUAAUAAAUGGAAGUUGCUACAAGAGAGCUUUUAAGAUGAUCCAUUAAGAAUAAUUGAAAAUUCAAAAUUUGUUUUUAAUUUUUCCAAGUCUGGUGUUAGGGGUUGAAAGCAGAGCGUGGAUAACUUUUCAGGAUUGGGUUGUCUAGGAUGGAAAAGUUCAAUUUCCCUCUCAUCUAUUAACGUUUUAAAUGUUAUUAACCUAAAUAAAUAGGUUAAAUCCUAUCUCAAUCAUCAAUGCAUUGUUUUAGUUUAAUUUAUAACUAAGAUUUGGAAGUCUCUGAAGAGUCUACUUUUAAAUAAAAUUGAUUGAGUGACAGGACAUUAACACAAACAAGUCCAGUUUUAGCUGUGACAGAGGGAAUGUCACUGCCUCCUUCUCCAGAGAUGGAUGGCCUUAACUCCUCUUGGUACUAACACCUGGGAGUGAAGGUCCUCAAAAAUUAACAUUGUCAUUUGCUUAUUCAAACAGUAAACAGUGCAAAAGCAACUGUGCACACAUUGUGCAAUGUGUGCAGUUAUCAAUUUUAAAUAUAUACAUUGUAUACCAUAUGUUUACACCAUUUGGAAUAGUACAUCAUUGCACGUAAACCUGUACGCUGAAGAUACUGUUCUAAUGUUUGUUAGAUCUCCCUCCUUUUUGUUUAAAGUAUGGUUUUGAAAUUUGCUGUUCCUGUUGCAGCAAGCAUUCACAUGAAACAGACCUUGUCUUUGAAUAUAUCAGUUUAGUCAUUGUAUGGAUAAAUUGGCCUUUUUUGAGGGAGAGGGGGGCUAUACAUGUUUUUAAACAAAAUACCUACAAAUUCAGACUGGUUACUUGUGUUCUGUGUCAUAGAGAAUAAAUUGCAUUCUUUGCACAACUCUUGAAUUGCUUGGGGAACAAAAGUGACAGUGAAUCGUUAGGUUGCUUAAAGCUUUAAUAACUAUACAGCUUCAUAUUCAUUACUGAUAUUCAGUUACUGAAACUCAUUUUAGGGACCAAAAAAAAACAAAUCAUUCUGAAAAGGAAUCUAUUUACAUUUCGUACCUGGCCAAGAAAAAGGUAGGUUUUGAUAUGAUUCUUAAAAUAUUCGGUUAGUUAAUGUGGAGUUAAGCUUAGCUCUAAUGACAACCGACUAUAUUCUUUACAAGGAUGUAAUUUAAUUCUUAAUAAAGGUACCUGUUUCUUUAAGUUUAGAUAAAAGUAAAUAAUUAAAUUGAAUAACCUGUAUUUGAUAAGACUUCUGGCCUGGUGCCACAGUGGUCUUGUGCAAUGCUGAACUGCUACCAGUAUACUUAUAUUGAAAUAUUCAGCUCCACAAAUUGGCUGGGUCCCAAAUCUUACCCCAGCGUUUUGAAAUUCAGUUUUUAAUUUUCCUUUAUUUUGAUUUCAAGUGGAAGUGUGAACAAGCUAUUGAUGGUGGACUUUGACAUUUGCCAUAGUUACUGCAUCAGAUUGCCAGCAUUUGGCUAGCCAGAGCUUGUUAUAAGUCAGUGCAUAAUCAUCAGAAGAUAAAUAUUUGAUUAAUCACAUUCAAAUGCAAAUAGGUUGCACAUUGUGCUUCAAACUACAAUUUUAUGCUAUCAUUUCAGAUGAAUUUACUUCAUUUUAAAAUAAUGAUUUGUAAAUGGAUAACUUCUAAAUGUACUGAAUGAUGAGCAACUAUUGUGGAUUUUAGCACUUCGCUCUGGUUCUUUCAGCAACAUAUCCCUGUCAUCCUGGAUUAGGCUUCCGUUAAAUUAUGUAUUCAGUAAAUCAGGCGGUACAAUCAACCUACUGAAUGUAAAGGUGUGCGAUAUAACCGCAGCUUACUAUAUCAUGUGUUUGCAUUCUUUAUGUAUAAAAAUUGCUAUGGGAAGAUAUUUUAAAAAGCAAAAUGUUUAUGUUCCAAUGUUAUUGCAACAUAAAAUCCUAUGAAGUAUUCUAAA